CAAGAAGAUCUGAACAUCUACAUCUGCAGAAGUUACUAUGGCGACAAUGAGAAUCCACCAUGAUGACGUCAGCGCAGGUCAGAAAGGCAAGCCUGCAAGGAAACCUGCAACGUGUGAGGAGUGCAGCAGGCAGUUUCGGAGCAAUUAUGAUCUGAAGGUCCACAUGCGCGCCCACACAGGGGAGAAACCAUACAGUUGUAUUGAAUGUGACAAGAAGUUCGUUAGGCCGGAUCAUCUUAAAAGUCAUCUCCUAACUCACACAGGGGGGAAACCCUAUACGUGUGAGGAAUGCAGCGAACAGUUUCGUAAUUAUUAUUAUCUGAAGAUUCACAAGCGUACUCACACAGGGGAGAAACCUUCUGUCUACACGUGUGAGGAGUGCAACAAGCAGUUCAGCCAACUAAGUCAUCUGAAAACCCACAUGUACACUCACUCAGGGGAGAAGCCAUACGUGUGUGGGGAGUGCGAAAAGCCGUUCAGUCAGCUGAGUUAUCUUAAGAAACACAUGCGAACACACACAGGGGAGAAACCCUACAGGUGUGAGGAGUGCAGCAGGCAGUUUGGAAGUCUUUCUGCUAGGAGGAUCCACAUGCGUACUCACACAGGGGAGAAACCAUAUAUGUGUGGAGAGUGCAACAAGCAGUUCAGCCAACUGGGUCACUUGCAAAGUCAUAUGUGGACUCACACCGGUGAGAGACCGUACAGUUGUGAGGUGUGCAGCAGGCAAUUUAUUAGGCGUACCCUACACAUGUAA